GCUUUAGGCACUACGGCCCAAAGGCGUUGGUGAUCGGUGUCCGUCCGAAGAUGCGUUACACUCCGGCAGCAUCAGUACCAGCUCCGCCGUGCUAACACACCACAAACCGGGGGACGGAGAGGGAAUACCGUCGAUGUUUGCGGCUGUAGCGGCGCCGGUGCAUCUGGACGAGAGGAUGGGAGACCAGAAGGAGUCUCUGCGUAAGAUCACUCACACGCUGGCCGUGAAGAAUGAGGAGAUCUCCAACUUCAUCUGCACCCUCAAACAAAGCCUGGAAAACCUGGAGGCAAACUCCAACCAAGUGCAGGAUGAUCUGGAGACUGAAUUCAGCUCUCUACACGCUGUUCUGGAUGAGAUGAAGGAAAACAUGUUGACACGGAUCAAGCAGGAGAGAGCCAGUCGCACGUAUGAGCUGCAGAAUCAGCUGAGCGCCUGCUCCAAAGCCCUGGAGAGUUCGGAGGAGCUGCUGGAGCUGGCCAAUCAGACGCUGUGCUCUUCGGAGACGGACGGAUUCACCCAGGCGGCCAAAGACAUUAAGGAUAGCGUGACGAUGGCCCCAGCCUUCCGCCUCUCCCUGAAGGCCAAAGCCAGCGACAACAUGAGUCAUCUCAUGGUGGACUUCAGCCAAGAGAAGGCGAUGUUGCAGGGUCUCAAGUUUCUCCCAGUUCCCGCCACUCCAGAGAUCCAGGUGUCAGAGUGCCAAGUGUCCGACAACGCGAUCACCGUUGUUUGGACCUUACCAGAACCCGACAACAAGAUAGACCACUACAUCCUGGAACAUCGCAGAACGAACCACGAGGGUCCUCCGCGUAUCAGAGAGGACUACCCCUGGAUGGUGGUGGAGGGGAUUCGAGAGGAGCAGCACAUGAUCACAGGCCUGCGUUUCGACACCCACUACAUGACGUUCAGGGUGAGGGCGUGCAACAAGGCUGUGGCCGGGGAGUUCUCUGAGCCUGUUACACUAGAAACCCACGCCUUCACCUUUAAACUGGACUCCUCCUCGGCGCACCAGAACCUGAAGGUGGAGGACCUGUGCGUGGAGUGGGACAGCAGCGGAGGAAAGGUGCAGGAAAUCCGCAAAGAGAAGAACAGAACCAACUCCCCCAUGCACUCUCCUGCUAGGUCAGCCCUGAUGUCUCCUAAGAGAGCACCAACAGCUCGGCCGGGCAGAGACAGGUUUACUGCAGAGUCCUACACCGUGCUUGCCGACACGAUGAUCGACGCCGGCCAGCACUACUGGGAGGUGCGGUUCGACAAGGAGAGCAAGGCCUUCGCUGUAGGUGUCGCCCUGCGGAGUCUCGGUCGGUUCGACCAGCUGGGGAAGAGUAGCGCCUCCUGGUGCAUCCACCUUAACAACUGGCUGCAGCAGAGCCUCACAGCCAAGCACAACAACAAGGCUCGAACCCUCGACUGCCCCAUCCCAAACAGUAUAGGAGUGUACGUUAACUACGAUGAAGGGGUCCUGUCGUUUUACAACGCUAAAACCAAGCAACUGAUGCACACUUUUAGAACAAAGUUCCAGCAGCCCAUUAUCCCGGCUUUCAUGGUCUGGAACGGGAGUUUCUCCGUGGUGACGGGCCUGCAGGUUCCCAGUGUGGUCCAGAGCGGCCAGAGGAAGAACAGUGGCACCAGCAGCUCCAACGCCAGCCUCACCUAGACGCACCCGCCCAUCCAGCUGGACCGUUCCCAACGCCAUCUGGCUUCAGUUACUACUGCAGAUCGAACCCUCUGCACCUACCGUGGAGGAAGAAGCGCAGCAGAAGAGUUACAUCACUUAAUCUUGGUUGUUUCUGCGUUGCAUGACAGUGGAAACUGAUUUUUGGGGAGCAAAUAGGUGAUCUAUUCCCUCAGUGACAGAAUCCGCUGACUGUUGUGAUGCUUUGGACACAUUAGGCCCUAGUUUGAGUAGUUAAUGUCCCGCUGCACAUUCAUUCAGCACCGGUCCACUGCUGCUAGAGCAACGAUUUUAGCGCUGGCCGCUGCUUCCUCAGCUUCACCUGGACGGUUGGCUGUGCAGUCAGCUGCAGGUUCAGGGUCAUGCUCUGUCCUGUCCGCUACAUCACUGUGCCCUCCCUCUCAGGCCAAAUCACAAAUCUGCAACCUGUCUAUCAAACUACUACUGGAAUAGACCUUGGUUCAUUUUAAAACUCCAUUAUGUCAGCUUCGGUAUGAGGUGUUUAUACAACCUUGACACAGUAAACCACUGUGACCUAAAUAAUAUUUAGACUGAGCUGAAAGCAGCUCAGCACUAAACUGGUUUAUUUAACUGUGGCAAGAUAUUUGCUUUCUUGCCAAGUGAUGUUGCUCAACACUGCUGAAACUAUUACAAUUUACAGUCAGCUGUUAUUUAAUCUAGGUCUUGAGCUUCCUGUUAAAACUUUCCAACUCUAACAUUAAAGCCAAGGUUGACUGAAUCAACAAAGAAGCUCUACAGGGAAAGGUUAGAGGGUGUUCCCUGUUAUCAUCGGUAUAUAUAAUGGAUGUGCUGGUGUAAACUCUGUUCACCAGACAGCGGCCCCAUGCUUCUGUGUGUCUGUCUAUCUAAUGUCUCUGCUUCUUUGCAGUUAAAUGACCCUCAUACGUGUAGUAGACUGUCCAUUUUUCAAAAGUGUAAGUCUGUAGCUCCUUCUGACAAAAUAUAUGCAGCACCUCCACUGUUAUUGGCAGUCCUGGUGAAAAGCCUUAGAAUUAAUUAAUCAUUGCAGUAAAAUAAACUCACUGAAAAUGUUAGACUCCUCUCCUGUUACAAUAGAAAAACUUCUUUUGCCAGUUGGACAGCGUUUAAUCUUCUAUAACUUUUCACAAAGUUGCAGCACAUAGAUGGAGGGAUUUCUGUAGAUCAGGGGUCUCAAUCUCCAGUCCUUUGGGGUGGUGCAACUUUUGAGUUGUGUAUCUGCUUCAGCAUAGCUGAAACAACUAUUUAUGUAGUCAGCAGGCCUCUGUAGAACGUAACUGCAUGAUGAGGGUUUAAUUCAGAUAUUUGAUCCAGGUGCAUUGGUCUUGAGACGCAUCCAACAGCUGUAAGACACCCGUGCAAAAGGACUGGGGUAAGAACCCCUUCAUUUAGAUUUUUCAGAGUUCCUGAGACUCACAGCAUGACAGGUCAUCCACCACCCUUAAAAGUGGACAUGAGAUGCUUUUCCACAUAUUAAUGUGUUUUAUCCCAGACCCAACUGGAUCUCAUUCCCAUUUGACCAAAGCACAGAAGAAAUGUAAGGCUCACAUGUUACGGUAGUACAGAAAAGGGUUGUUUUUUCUAGACAUGACUCAGCUGGUUGGUAUGUAGAUGGCUUCUAACAGUGGUUUCAGAGACUUGGUGACUCCCAAGAUGCCACUCUUUGCUGCAGUUCUCCAAGAAUGAGCUUUGAAGAAAGGUUUUACCUCCAUUAUUCUCCUUGCUGUGUGUGGUGGGUUCUCACCCAGCCAUGUCUGUUUUUACUUGUAUCCCGACUGAUUAAGAUUAGCACAUAUCUUCCCUGCUUGAAAGGUGUGGUCUCUUGUCUUUCCCAUUUUGAAGAGUGACAAAGAGAAAUGGGCAUCUGUGUUGGACAUGUUUAAACCCCAGGGAAACAGGGAGCCAUUGAAUACUUUAAUCAAUUAAAUAUCUAAAUAGUAAAAAUGCUUCAGUUACAUUUAUUUUCUAGGAAGUAAUUAGGGAUGUUAAUAGCUGCGGUAUCUGCCAUUCAUUUUAACGUGAAUACUUAAGACUGGAUUUUUCUACAUUUCAAUGACAGAAAAGGCUCCUGAAAAAGCAGAGGACUUUAAGGCUUUUUACACAGCGCAUACAAAUAAAUGUGCAGGUGGCUGUAAUGAGAAUACUAGGUUCGGGGCGCACCCAGGUGAAAAAGGGAAUCAUGAACUCGGGAAGAACAUAUUUAACUGUAUUUGUGCACCACUCAGUUACAUCCAUGUUAUGCGUUUCAAAAGGUUAGUGUUGAUUGUAGUACAUCUCUCCCUCAGUAUGCAUUUUCUGAGUAAAUGUAGCCUGCUAAUCUUCCAAGAAAGUCAUCCAGCUGAGAGGAAUUUACACUUUAUUUUACAUGCUGACAACAUGUCACAGUUUAUUGUAAAUAGUUUAAUUUUUCCACUAUAUUGCAUCAGUAAUUGAGGUAAUAAAGGAGUGAAACCA